AAGGAUACGUUAUAUUCUCGUUUAAUAUUGUAAUAAUGUAAUAAAUUUUUGUUGUACAGAAAUUGUAGAUAUCAAGUGCCACGUAGUAAUGUUCAGACCAAUCGGCAUUUGCAGCAUGUUAUAUGUACAGUUAUUCCAUUAGCGUACUCCGAUAGAGAUAGCUGUUACUGCUUUUUCUGAUAGAUUAUCUUGCCAAAAUCUAUUAAAAUGAAGUCGAAAUAUUAUAUUACAUUCCUGGGGAUUGUGCUCAUAAGUUUAUCUUAUGUUAACUGUCAAUAUAGAACGAAAAAUAGUCAAAGUUCCUCCUUAGCCGAACGUGUACAACAAUUAACAGAAAUGGCCAUUAGGAGACCAGUAAUUAAAUUUAACGGAGCAAAAUUUAAGGAGUUUGUUAAAAAUACUCCAAGAAAUUAUUCUGUUAUAGUAAUGUUCACUGCUAUGGCACCGCAAAGGCAGUGUCAAAUUUGCAGACAUGCAAAUGACGAAUUCACAAUAGUUGCAAAUUCAUUCCGAUAUUCUCAGUCUUAUUCGAAUAAGUUGUUUUUUGCAUCUGUAGAUUUCGAUGAAGGAUCAGACGUUUUUCAAAUGAUGAGAUUGAAUACUGCUCCGGUAUAUAUACAUUUUCCAGCAAAAGGUAAACCAAAACCAGCUGAUACAAUGGAUAUACAAAGAGUUGGUUUUGCCGCAGAAGCAAUAGCAAAGUGGAUAUCAGAACGUACCGAUAUUCAGAUAAACAUAUUCAGGCCACCAAACUACUCUGGCACAGUAACUUUGAUAAUGUUUUCAGUUCUGAUUGGAGUAUUCCUAUAUGUUAGACGUAAUAAUUUAGAUUUAAUUUAUAAUAAAACAAUUUGGGCUCUUGGUGCAUUAUUUUUCACUCUUACAAUGAUAUCGGGACAAAUGUGGAAUCAUAUCAGAGGACCUCCAUUUAUCCACAAAUCAGCUAAUGGAAAUAUGGCAUAUAUCCAUGGAUCAUCUCAAGGUCAAUUUGUAUUAGAAACUUAUAUUGUUAUGGUUUUAAAUGGAGCAGUGGUAUUAGGAAUGAUUCUAAUGACCGAAGCUGCUACAAGGAAAGGUGAUGUUAAAAAACGAAGAAUAUUUGCUGUGAUAGGCUUUGGAUUAGUUGCUAUUUUCUUUAGUUUACUUUUAUCCAUAUUCAAGAACAAGGCUCAAGGGUAUCCAUACAGGUUGCUGUUUAAAUGAACAGAUAUUUUACAGAAAAAUAAGAGUUUGAUAUAAAAAAUUACUGGAAAUUUAAAACUGCCUUUAAACUGAAAUUUAUCUGCUUAAAUUAUAUCAUUUAUGAGUUCUUCCAAAUCUAUACAGGUAAAGUAAAAAGAGAAAAAACAAACCAUUAUGAACGAUUGAGGCAGAAGUUGAAUCAACAAUAAAAAAGAAUUUAUGUAAAUAACACAUGUAAGGAUACUAAUUGUAUUCAAAAGAUAAGUGUAAUUAAAACUUUUUGGUUUUUAUUUUGA